GGACUAGUGGUUAGUUAGCAAAGCGGUAAGUCGCAAGUGUUACAUUUUGACUUUUGUUUGCCAAAAAAUAGUCUACGAAUUCAAAAACCUUCCAGAUUUAGAGGUUCAUAGGUUACGAAUUUAUCAAACUUCGCUACAUCUGAAAGUUCGAGAAAUAAAAAUAUCUCACGCGAUGCGAAUACUCUUACUAUUCUCAAUUUUCACAAUUCUCCUGAGUUGUGGUACAGCAUGGCGAAAUUUUUUACGGGGCAGAAGUAAUAAUGGCAACUUGGGAGUUCCAAAUUUAUCAAAAAAUUAUGAUUUGCCAACCGAGCAAUGGUUCAAACAAUUCCUGGACCAUUUCAAUCCAACCGACGCAAGGACUUGGGAGCAGAGAUACUUUCUUAACUCCGAUUAUUAUAAACCAAAUGGACCAGUGUUUGUAAUGAUUGGUGGAGAAGGCGAAGCUAGUGCGAAAUGGAUGGUUGAAGGCCAAUGGAUAGAAUAUGCGAAACAAUUUGGAGCUAUGUGCUUUUUGAUUGAACAUCGCUAUUAUGGAAAAAGCCAACCGACUUCUGAUCUGAGCGUGAAAAACCUGGUUUAUUUGAAUUCUGAACAGGCGUUGGCCGAUGUUGCGUAUUUUAUUGAAGGAAUGACUCACUUGCAUCAAAUUCCGCACGGCACAAAAUGGAUUGUAUAUGGUGGCUCAUAUGCAGGAUCAUUGGCUGCAUGGAUGCGUUCAAAAUAUCCACAUUUGGUACAUGGUGCUGUCUCAACAAGCGGCCCACUUUUGGCACAAGUGGAUUUCCAACAAUAUUACGUUAUCGUGGAAAGUUCAUUGAAAACUCACUCUCAAGAUUGUGUGGACGCGAUUGCAGCAGCCAAUAGACAAAUCCACAUAAUGUUGCGCCAUCCUCUUGGGCAGAAGGGCAUCGCAAAAAAAUUCAACUUGUGCGAUCCAAUUGAUUCAGGCCACACGAAGAAAAGUGACAUUGCCAACUUGUACGAAACCCUGGCUGGAAAUUUGGCCGAUAUUGUUCAGUACAAUAAGGAUAAUCGCAACAGUAGUCAUUACACGAUUGACACAGUUUGCGAUAUUUUGGUCGAUCAAAAACGAGGAACUCCGGUCGACAGAUUUGCGGAAGUUAGCAAUAUGAUGUUGACAGCUGGAAAAGAAAAAUGCUUGGAUUACAGCUACACGAAGAUGGUUAAUGAGCUGAGGAAUAUUACCUGGAAAGAACAGAAAAUUAUGGGAGGUCGUCAGUGGGUCUAUCAAACUUGCACAGAAUUUGGCUUCUUCCAAACUUCAACAGCUCGGCCUACUUUGUUCAGUGACACUUUCCCAGUUGAAUUUUUCAUCGAUCAAUGUUCUGAUAUUUUUGGACCAAGAUAUCGUCAUGUUUUGGAUUCAGGCGUAGAACGCACUAACACUUUGUAUGGAGCUCUCGAUUUGGAAGCAUCAAACGUUGUUUAUGUUCAUGGAUCCAUUGAUCCUUGGCAUGCUUUGGGAAUUAUCGAGUCCACGCAUCCUGAUUCUCCUGCUAUUUAUAUAAAUGGCACUGCACAUUGUGCCAACAUGUAUCCGCCUUCAAAGGACGACAUUCCUGCAUUGGUGGAAGCCAGGAAAGAAAUUGGAAUCUUGAUUGCCAAAUGGUUAAAGAAUUGAAGAAAAAUCGGAUUGUCUGCGAAAACUCAAAGUGAUAGAUAAAAGCUCAAAAAGUUUUGAAAAUACAGCUAAAGUGAUGAGACAAAUGUAAUAUUAUAUUGCAAGUGAGAUUUAAGGUAUUUUAUGCUGUUAUUAAGAUUUAAAAUGUCUUACUCAUGUGUUUAAAAUACAAAAGAGAUUUGAAUAAAAUCAAUCAUUUUUUUACACGUUA